UUUUUCUCUCUCUUUAAUCUACAUUUCCAUCUCAUGUUACCGUUGACUUUUUUUUAUAUUAGAAUUUGAACAGCCUCCCCCCUUGGCUUCCAUUUGUCUUAACUCCCACAGCCAUGGCUGACCAGCCAUUUCUAUACUCUCAUCCAAAUCCAAAUCUUGCAGCUAUUGCUUUGAUUUCUUGAGAAUAUGAACAGCACAGAUGGGUCUGGAGGAGCAGGAGGGUUUCUGGGUUCAAGCAACAUUGGUGGAUUUGGCUAUGGAAUUGGAGUUUCUAUUGGGAUUCUCUUGCUGAUCACAACCAUCACCUUAGCUUCUUACUUCUGCACAAGAACACAGCAGCCAUCAUCAGUGGCUAACCAGAGAAGUGAUAGAGAAGAUCAGUCACUUGAGUUGCAGAACAUUGUGGUGGAUAUUGGCCUUGAUGAGGCCACAUUGAAAAGCUAUCCAAAGUUGAUGUAUUCUGAGGCCAAACUUCAUAAGAAAGAUUCUACUGGUGCUUGUUGCUCUAUUUGCUUGGCGGACUAUAAGAAUACUGAUAUGCUCCGCCUGUUGCCGGACUGCGGCCACCUCUUCCACCUGAAGUGUGUCGAUCCGUGGCUGCGUCAGCACCCUACUUGUCCAGUUUGCAGAACUUCUCCGUUGCCAACUCCUCUUUCAACGCCUCUUGCUGAGGUGGUUCCAUUGGCAAGCAGGAGGGGUUAGGGUCGUCUUCUCAAGCCAUCUCUGUGAUGUAAUUCCUUUCUAUAUUCUUUUUUUUUUCUUAAAAAAUGAUGAAUUUUAUGUCACAAUACUCUUUGAUUUGUAAUAUAUAGUAGAUAUGAUUGAUCAUCAGGAGUUUGUGCACAUAUAUCAUGUAAUUAAAGAUUGAUUUACUAGUUGCAGACACAAGACCAAUCAACGCUGAUUGAAUAUUA